AUGACGACCGAUGAUGCAGCAGCGUCUCCUCCCCAGCCGGAGCUGCCCCGGCAUGUACUUACACGUGCUCAGCUGGCACAGCGCAUUGCACAGGGAGAAGUCCUCGUGGUGCACCGCCGCCUUGUGUACAAACUAGACAACUGGGUCCAUCAUCAUCCCGGUGGAGACACGGCGAUCUUGCACUUUGUUGGCCGUGACGCGAAGGAUGAGAUCGAAGUGUAUCAUUCUGACGAGACGAUUGCCUUUAUGCGCCGUUUUGCGAUUGCCCAGCUCGCGGAGGAAGAUGCGACAGACCUUCGAGUGGGGCGCCUAUUCCGUCCCCUCAUGCCACCCAUCCAGCUAGGAUACCGCGACGGCCAUCUGGACCAUCCGCACGCUCAGCUCGCCGCCUGGAACGCCAUCUCGCAAAAGCAAAGCGGCGAUGCCAAGGUGCGUGCUCAGUGCUUCCCCCUACCAGUGGAAAUGCUGGAACCGCCGCCGUCCAAAACGACGCUCGAGCGUGAAGCUCACAUUUCCCAGGCUUUUGAAGAGCUUCAUGAACGCAUCAAAAACGCAGGCAUGUACACACUGCAUCCAUGGAACUACGGGCGCGAGUGCAUUCGGUACGUGCUGUUUGCGAUAGGCGCCUACGUCUUCUUCCAUCUCGCCCACACAACGAUACCAGCAUCCUAUGGACCUUGGCAGGCUCUGUCGUACAUGGCCUCGGCCAUCUCGCUCGGUGCCCUUUGGCACCAGGUGGCAUUCACUGCUCAUGAUGCUGGACACACGGGCAUCACACACAUCUAUUGGCUUGAUCGAUUGAUCGGCGUCAUCGUGGCGUCCUACAUUGGCGGUCUGUCUCUCUUGUGGUGGUGUGACAAUCAUGACAUUCACCACCUCGUAACGAAUCACCCUGAGCAUGAUCCGGAUAUCCAACACAUGCCCAUUUUCGCUAUAAGCCCGAGUCUCAUCCCCUCCAAAGCUUACCCUGGCAAAAAUGAGCCGGCCGGUUUGUGGUCGUCUUACUACCGCCGCAUCAUGCCAUUAGAUGCGGCAGCUCGAUUCCUGCUGCCGCACCAACACAAGCUCUACUUUGUCAUCAUGUCUGUUGCGCGCUUCAACCUGUAUGCCCUGUCCUACUCUUUCUUGUUGCUGCGCGCACGACGCGACAAGUGGUUCUACAUCGAGUCGCUGGGUCUCGCCUGCUUCUGGUACUGGUUCACGGUGCAUGUGCUCGCCCUUAUCCCAACGUGGUCCCUUCGCAUUGCAUACCUACUCGUGUCUCAUAUCAUCACGAGCCCCUUGCACGUGCAAAUUGUACUCUCCCACUUUGCGCAGGACACGAGCGAUUUGGGUCCCCAGGAGUGCUUUGCAUCGCGCCAGAUUCGCACGACCAUGGACGUGGCUUGCCCCAAGUACCUCGACUUUUUCCACGGCGGUCUGCACAUGCAGGUGGCGCACCAUCUUUUCCCGCGCUUACCGCGCCACAACUUGCGCGAGACGCGCGAUCGCUUCGUCGAGCCGUUUUGUAAGGAGCAUGGCUUAGUCUACGACGAAAUGAACUUUAUAUCCGGCAACGGUAAAGUCGUGUCGCGCCUCGAAGAGAUCGCGACACAAGUGCGCGUCUUGUGCUGCGUCGCGCAGGCCCAGGCCGAGGGAAAGCUAUAG